GUGGAAGAGGAGGAGGAUGAGGUGCAGGAUCAGGAGCAAGCGGGGCAGGCGAAGCAAGGGGAGCAGCACCAGACGGCAGCAAUCUGCUGCGGCGGGGUGUUGCUGCCGUGGCGCAAGGCAGCGCUGUUCGUUGACAACGCGGGACCGGAUGUGGUGCUGGGUAUGCUGCCGCUGGCGAGGGUGCUGCUGGGGGCGGGGGUGCAGGUGGUGCUCCUCGCCAACCGCGGCCUCACCCUCAACGACAUAACCGCAUCAGAGCUGUCAGAGCUGCUCCAGCGGGCCGCGCAGAGCGACCCACGGGACAUGCUGGCGCCUGCACUGACCCGUGGGUCGCUGCGGGUCGUCAGCUCCGGCAGCGACAUGCCCGUCAUCGAUCUCACGCAGUUAUCCCAGGAGGCGGUUGACGCCACGGCUGACUGCGACCUGGUCAUCCUGGAGGGCAUGGGUCGCGCCAUCGAGACCAACCUGCACGCCGCCUUCACCUGCGACUCACUGAAGCUGGGCCUCAUCAAGCACCCCGAGGUGGCGGCGCUGCUGGGGGGCAGGAUGUACGACUGCGUGUGCAAGUACGACCGAGGGGUGGUAUGGUAGGGG